UUAUAGGGCAAGAAAGGCAGUUUACUGGCAAUGUCGAUAGCUUAUGCAGCAGCAUAGCCGUUGGCCUAAUACCGCCUGACGACAUUUCUGAAGCCACUUCUUCGUUAACUCCGCCAAACACCUCUUUUAAUUAAUGCAUGCACUUGUUCUCCACCACAACCAUCGAUUGCCCCUCUAUCUCGUUCGAUUCAAUCUUCCGUCUGCCAAAUCUUCCUCUCUCUCCAGAGCAAUGAGUUCCUCAGUUGUGCUUCCUUCGAUUUCUCUGACUAAACCCGCUCUCGGCUCCUCCGAAUCCUUCAGAAGCUCCACCUGUUUGGGUUUCAAGAAUGAGAUUCGGAGGGUUUCCCGGUUGGGUUUGGGGAAAUCUCGGGUUUUCAUGAGCGUCGCCGUCGGAUCGGAGGCGGUUGUGGUAGACGAUGCGUUAUUCAAGGAUUACAAGCCUUCUUCUGCUUUCCUCUUUCCUGGUCAGGGUGCGCAAGCUGUUGGAAUGGGUGUGGAGGCUCAAAAAGUGCCUGCUGCAGCUGAAUUGUACAAGAGAGCUAACGAUAUUUUGGGGUUUGACCUUUUAGAUAUUUGCAUUAAUGGGCCAAAGGAGAAGCUUGAUUCCACCGUUCUAAGCCAGCCUGCUAUCUAUGUCACAAGUUUAGCUGCAGUUGAGGUGCUCCGAGCUCGUGAUGGAGGUCAGCAGAUAAUUGAUUCUGUGGAUGUAACAUGUGGUCUAAGUUUAGGAGAAUACACUGCUCUUGCAUUUGCUGGAGCUUUCAGCUUUGAGGAUGGGCUGAAGCUAGUCAAGUUAAGGGGUGAAGCAAUGCAGGAUGCUGCUGAUGCUGCCAAAAGUGCUAUGGUUAGUAUUAUUGGACUAGACUCUGCUAAGGUGCAACAACUCUGCGAUGCGGCCAACGAAGAAGUAGAUGAAGCAAAUAAAGUUCAAAUUGCCAAUUUCUUGUGCCCUGGUAAUUAUGCUGUUUCUGGAGGCCUUAAAGGAAUUGAAGCAGUUGAAGCAAAGGCAAAAUCAUUUAAGGCUCGAAUGACGGUCCGGUUAGCUGUAGCUGGUGCUUUCCAUACUGGCUUCAUGGAACCAGCUGUGUCAAGACUGGAAGCUGCUUUGGCAUCAACAGUAAUCAGAAGCCCAAGAAUACCAGUUAUAUCAAAUGUCGAUGCAGAACCACAUGCAGACCCGAACACAAUCAAGAAAAUACUAGCUCGCCAGGUGACUUCUCCAGUUCAAUGGGAGACAACAGUGAAAACUUUGUUAAACAGAGGACUUAAAAAGAGCUACGAAUUAGGACCUGGAAAGGUCAUAGCUGGCAUCGUUAAAAGGAUGGAUAAAGGUGCCGACAUCGAGAAUAUUUGUGCCUGAGCCUAUCCUUAAGGUGCUUAUUCUGUGCCUUUUCAUCCAUGCUUUGCCAACAUCUUUAUUCUGAGCCAUUUCAUCAGUGCUUCGGCAAAACCUUUCUUGGUGAAACUGCGUAGGAUAAAUGCCAGUAGGAGCUCCAAUUUGGAUUGUUACCUCUAAAAUUAGGGUAUAAAACGCUAUCGAGAUGUAUCUGUAGUUUCAAUUUUGAGCAUGAGUGUCACAUAUAUAUAUAAAAGGGGACAGUAAAUGUUAUUGUUUCCAUAUUUGUGAGUAAUCAUUUGAAAUUGAGGUGUGCAACUUGAGAUUUUGACCUUAUUA